AUGACUCUGAAGAAGUACUUCGUGAAGGCUCUGCACCGCCUCCAGAAGGGCCCUGGAUACACCUAUCAGGAGCUGCUGGUCUGGUACUGCGACAACACUAACACCCACGGGCCCAAGCGCAUCAUUUGUGAGGGUCCAAAGAAGAAGCUGAUCUGGUUCUUCCUGACUCUGCUCUUUGCUUCGCUGGUGUUUUGGCAGUGGGGAAUCCUCAUCAACACCUACCUGUCCUAUAACGUCACAGCCUCUCUGGCCAUAGGCUUCAAGACCAUGACGUUCCCCGCUGUUACCAUCUGCAAUGCAAGUCCUUUCCGGUAUUCCAAGGUGAAGCCCUUCCUGAAGGAUUUGGAUGACCUCAUUGAGGCAGCCCUUGAAAGGAUCCUGCAACCUCUCCAGGAGAAUGCAUCUGUUACCUCUGCAGCAAAUGUUAGUGAGAAGCUCAACUUGCAGCUCUGGAACCAGAUCCCCUUGGUGAUGAUUGACGAGAGUGAUGGAUCUCAUCCAGUCAUCCUUGACAUUCUUGGGAAUGGCUCUCUUGACCUUCACAACUCCUCCUCUUUUGGCAACCUGGAAGGGAGAAGGUACAAGCUGGCUCUGAAACUGUGCACACACCUCAGCUCCACCUGCUUCUUCCGGAAGUUCACCAGCGCAGCCCAGGCAGUGACUGAGUGGUACAUCCUGCAGUCUACCAGCAUCUUGUCCAAGGUGCCAGUGAGCAAAAGGAUUGAGAUGGGCUAUCAAGCAGAGGACAUGAUCCUGGCAUGUCUGUAUGGAGCUGAGCCGUGCAAUCACAGAAACUUCACCCACCUCUACCACCCAGACCACGGCAACUGCUACGUCUUCAACUGGGGGGUCGAGAAAGAGCCCCUCAUCUCCUCCAAUCCGGGGGCAGAGUUUGGGCUGAAGCUGAUCCUGGACAUCAGCCAGAACGACUACGUCCCCUUCCUCACCUCCACGGCUGGAGCCCGCCUGAUGCUGCAUGAGCAAAGGAGCUUUCCCUUCCUAAAGGAUCAGGGCAUCUAUGCCAUGUCAAAGACCGAGACCUCCAUUGGAAUCCUGGUGGAUGAACUUGAGCGGCUGGGCUCUCCCUACAGUGACUGCACCACCAACGGGUCAGAUGUUCCUGUCAGGAACCUGUACGAGGACUACCCUGCUUCUCAGGCCGAGGAGAUGGAGCCCUGUGCCAACUGUACCCUCCCUGGCAGCAAAAUGGGCUCCUCGAGAAGCCGGUACAAAACCACGUACUCAAUCCAGGCCUGCCUGCGCUCCUGCUUUCAAGCUAAGAUGGUGAAGCUCUGCCAGUGUGCCCACUACUCGUACCCAUUGCCCGAAGGAGCGCAUUACUGUAACAACGAGGAUUACCCAGACUGGGCACAUUGCUACUCCACUCUGCGCAUGAGCCAGGAGCAUCGGCAGGCUUGCAUCAAGUCCUGCAAGGAGACCUGCAACAACACCCAGUACAAGAUGACCAUCUCCAUGGCGGACUGGCCCUCAGAAGCGUCAGAGGACUGGAUUUUCCAUAUUUUAUCUUAUGAAAGAGACACAUCAACCAAGGUGACCCUUGACAGAAACGGAAUCAUCAAGCUCAACAUCUAUUUCCAGGAGUACAACUACCGCACCAUCUCAGAGUCAGCAGCUACAACUAUCGUCUGGCUUCUCUCCAGCCUGGGCGGCCAGUUCGGCUUCUGGAUGGGGGGCUCCGUCCUGUGCCUCAUUGAGUUUGGGGAGAUUCUCAUCGACUUCGUCUGGAUCACCGUCCUGAAGCUGAUCGGCUGGGGCAAGGGGCUGAAGUGGAAGCCGGCCCUGAGGCCCCCGGAUGCCCUCCCGUCUGUCUGUGAGAAAACCGAGGCCUACACCAACCUGGGCUUCUGCGAGGAGGAGGAGAAGGGGGCAGUAGCUGGGGGCCCUGGCAAUGGAGCCCCGGCUGUUCAAGGGGCUGGCUCUGAGCCUGGCACCCCACCCCCCAAGUACGACUCGCUUCGCGUGCUCCCUCUGGAUCCCAUGGCUCCAGACAGCGAUGAGGAAGCCCCUGGGGUGGAGUUGAAGAGCAUGUGAUGCCAGGAAGGCAAGGAUCCCUUUCUGGUCCUCAAGGCACCUGCAGGAAUAUCCUACCCCUCCCUCUUGGAUGGCACAGCUGCCCCAUCCCCCAGUUCUGCCCAGGCCCAUCAGUCGCUCAGGAAGCAGCUGGGGAGCCCGAAGCAACUGCUAAAGCCAACGCAUUUCUUUCUGCAUAUAAAUCUGGCAGGUCAAGAGGUUGCUGUAAAAUGCAAGUGCUUUCAGAGAAUUUUUCAUAGAUAGCAAAACUGGGAGAUU